UCAGGCUGCCAGAGAAACCGGAGUAAACCACCAGCAGUGUGUGUGUGUGUGUGGAUGUGUGUGGAUGUGUGUGAGUACACCAUAGGAUUUAAUAAUAUUUCCAGUAAACUGCGCGUAAUUUCGAGUCAAAAUGCAUCCGGUCCAGGUUUGGAUCCCGUCGUUCCGCUCGGAAAACAACUCGAUCGAGAAAGGAUACACGGUGUUCCGGAUUGACGUGUUGAUGAACGGCAGACAGCACACGGUCGAGAAACGCUACAGUGAAUUCCACACUUUGCAUAAAAUGCUAAAGAAGAGCAUAAAGCCACCUGAGAUGCCUUCUAAACAUGUCAGAAACUGGGUUCCCAAAGUCCUGGAGCAGAGGAGACAUGGUCUGGAGCUCUACCUGCAGACUAUAAUUAUGGAAAAUGGGGUCCUUCCAAAGAUAUUCCUGGAUUUCCUGAAUAUCCGCCAUUUUCCUUCAGUGCCAAAAACAGAAAGCUGUGGGUCAUUCGAUACAGAAUCAGAGGGAUCCAGUAAACUUUCACACCAGCCGGUCCUGCUGUUUCUGAGGGACCCGUUCCUGCUGCCCUCUGCCAACGAUACAUUUUCAAAUGUUGUGAUCGAAGGCGUGAUACAUGGAGUUUUCUACCCGGACCUUCAACCGAGGUAGAGCUGCAGAGCUGAACCUGAGGGCACGUCGCUAUGAUACGGGCGCUCCUUAUAUACAUUUUUUUUUUUUUUUUGCACCAUUUUAGGUGUGCAUCGAGAAGAACAUAACAUGUUACACACUGAGCCUCAUUUACAUUUUCCAAAGCUUAAAACAAACAGAAAAGGAGGGGAAAAAAAGGGAUGCCCUAAUAGAGCACUGGCACUUCAUUUUUUAAAAAGCAACCAUUAGUAUUACACCCAGUAACCUCUGCACCAGCUGUGCUUAAAAUAAACAAUACUGACCCACAUUUCAGUGGAUUUGAAUCCCACUUGUGUGCAAUGAAUUGUAACAACAUGUAAAAGAGUUCGGCUGGGCAGCAACAGAUGUUUCCUGGCAUCAGAUUCGAAAGAAUGAGAUGAUUAUAAUCUUCAAAAAUGAAAUCAUCACAACACAUUAACUUGUGUUAUGCUUCUUUCUGAAGAAAGUAACAGGUGAAGUAAACAAACAGGGUCGACUGGAGAUACAAAUAAGAAGAAGAUGAACGUAGGGGAGACCUGAAGUGUUUUUUGUUUGUUUGUUUGUUUUUUUUUGAUAGAGAGAGUUUUUAGGAAGUUUGUGAAUGGCCGCUGCAUAAUGACAGGCCUGCACGCACAGAGCACAGGGCAGGAGUGUGGUGCUGGAACACAACCUGCCAACAGGGAGCUGCCACUCCCUCUGCAGCAGCAGCACUGUGGCUUUUCAUCGAGCCAUGUGAGGGAGAGCCGUGUGGGGCGCGUCCAAGGCUGCAUUCUGGUGGAGAUGACAGAUACGUGCCACAUGUUGGGGUGGAGAUUAUUUGAGCUGUUGGAUGUGGCAGUGAGGUGGAUUUUCUUUUUUUUUCUUUUUUUUAAAUUGAGCAACAGAUUUGUGUGAAGGGGUAGUACAGUGUUUUAAAGUGGUGCUAGUGAAGAGCUACUGGACGAGCAGCUCAGAGGUUUUGGGCACGCAGCUGCUUCUUGGAUCUCUCGCUCCUCUCCCAAUAUUUUCCCAUCCGACACGGUGAAUUAAGGCUUUCCGAUGGGUUUGAAUGAAGUGUUUUUUAUGAUGAAAGAAUUACUGUUUCUGCAAAUGGAGUCUGGUGGAUUUUCACAAGAGGAACAGCAGCUUUUUUUUUGGUUAAUGAGAGGUCUGACUCUGUGGGAAUCCUUUCCAUAAUGUUGUCAGACACUUAAAAAUAACAGUCUGAGUCGGUGGCAAAAACAAGCACUUUGAUGGUGAGCAAUUGCCCGAAGGGAUUACAUCGCAGCCCAUUUCACAGGUGCAGGCUGGCACGCUCUCACUCAAAACUGGACCAAUAUCAAAAAUUGUUACUGCUUCUUUAAACCUGCCGCCUACACUACCCACAGUGCAAUUUGACCAUCAACAGUUUGGUCAUGCAUUCAGCCUCAUGCUGAGAUGUGGAGCAGCCUACAGAUGAGUGGUGACCUCACUUCUUUCUAACUCCACACAGCCUGAUUUUAUUUAAUUUUCAAAGUCUUUAGCGCCACCUGACACUGACUCGAGUAACUUUAGGCAAUUUAUCAGAUUUCGCACAGCUCCCUCUGGAGCCACGACGAACUUUAUUCAACUUAUUUUUACGUGUGCAGUAGACCUGUAAACAGACUUUGAAGUGUGAAAUUGGUGGAGUCCCCUUUCAAGAGAAGGAUUUGGGAGAACUUCAGUUGGGCCUGUCUGAACAAAUCACAAGGUUUAAACCCUACACAACAUCCUGAGAGGACAAAACCCACAUUUGGAAAUAGCUCCAGUCAUUAUUAAAAUAUUGUCGACUCUAAUUAUUUUAUCAUCAUUAAAUUAACGCCGAAACACAUCUCACUACAUCAUGUGAUUAAUCAUGUUUGAUUUGCGUACACUAGCAGGAAUGAAAGGCUUCUGAUUACACCUCUUAAAGGCCAGUAUGUAACACUAAAACAGUCCCACUUCAUUUACAGUUGAAUUUACACUUAAUAUAGAACGGCAGUUUUUCAUAUGUGGUGAUUUAGAGGCUUAGUCACCCAUCACCUAGAGGGAUGCAACGUGUGCUUUUGUUUUGCAGAGCAUUUGUGAAAACAGAGAUUGUGACUUGAGAUUUAGAACCAGUCGAGCACUGUGCAAUAUGACGCAAAAUACAAAUUGUCUUUUCUGUUGACUUGCAAACCAUCACUUGAAAUGAUUCAGCUUUUUGUGAAAUGUCGCUCGUCACUUCUCGGGCAGCAGUUGGUGACGCAACACUCCAUAUGUGACUGGACCUUCACUACAGCACAGUGACGACAUAUUUAUAACGAAUUAAAUUAAUCCUUAGCGAUUAACCUCGACUAAACUGAUCAUGAUUUUGUUUUAACAAAGUAAAUCAUUUCAUAGAGAUCCAUCUUGUAGAUUUGUAUGUAUUUAUAUGGUGUAACAUUGUACUGUUUGUUUGUGCUCUGUGUGAAAAGUCUCAUUUAAUGUGCCAUAAUGUCAAACUACAGUGAACACUGGAAUUCAACUGUAGCACUUUAAGAUGAACGCUAUGUAAAAUACUGACACCAAUAAAAUUCAUUAUUUCCACAAA